CUACUUGACUUGCCCUGUUCAUUGGGUUCGUUCGAUUGCUUGGAAACCAGUCAGGUUAGUCGAGUUAGAAGCUUUCCUCAUGUAGAUGGCAAUUACGCCCUUCAUGUUUACAUUCCAGUUCAUAUACCAUCAGCACUAAGGAAGGAGUUAGCCCAGUUUUUGGAAAGAGUAUCUCUUGUACAUGAUCUCAAUGUUGUUGAUAUUGAUAUACCGUUGAGUAAUUUAGUAAGAGACAAGGGGGGUAAGCUUGAGCAAGUUGCCUUAGCUAGGGAAUUUCAUAUAAGUUUGGGAAGGACUGUUCCCAUUCGAGUGCACCAGAUUAAUUCAGUAGUCUCAAUGCUUCGUCAGAGGCUACAAUUUCAGCGGAGGUAUUGGAUAAAUUUUAACAAAUGGGAGGUCUUUGUGAAUGAUGAUGGCUCACGCACGUUUUUGUCAUUGGAAAUUGUCACAGGAGGCUUAUUUGAGGUAUGACACGCAAACAUGCACUAACCUAGUUAUUUGAAAUAUGUUUCAUUACUUUCCUGUGUAUUUGCAAUCCAUUUCUUGUAUAUAUUCAUUCAGCCUUAACCCUAACACUGAUGUUGAGUGUCACAAUGUUUCGGCUACGGAUAAAAACGAGUCAAACAGCUCCUGAGUCACUCAGUCAAAACUCAAAUCGAGUCCGAUCAAAGUCGAACUCGAGCCGACUUGUUGAGCAACUGAGAUAACAAAACAGGUUCAAGCUGUUAAUGAGGUUUAUAGGCUUCACAAUCUUCCAGAAUUUUACAAGGAUCCACGGCCACAUAUAUCCAUAGCUUGGGCAUUGGGUGACAUCAGUGAUACGCUUAAAAGAGUGGUACAAGUAGAGAUGAAAAGAUAUCUUGUGGGGAGCUCACCACAAAAACCUGUUUUUACAAGCAAAUUUAGUGGCAUUUUGUGUAAAGUUGGUAGUAAAUGUCAUGAGAUAUGCAAAUUUCAAGGAGAAUAGAUGGGCUACAGUUGGUACUCUGAUUCUACUAACGACAUGAUUAUUAUAUAUGUUGUGCAAUGUGCAUUGUUUC